CAAAAAGAGCGCAGAAGAUCGGAAGACACCGCAUCCGUCUCUGGACUCCAUUGCCUCUCUGACCUACACCUACUUGAUCUCGUCGGUUCUCUCUCUUCUAUGAUCGCUUGCUCACUUCCACGCCCUCAGAUCCACAGUCGGAAGCAUCCAGGUGGAGUGACGCAGGGCAGCAGCCGCGGCAGAAGACGACGAUGCAUGAGGUCUUCGGAUCUGUUCGCCGAUCUCUCGUGUUCCGCACGAAUCCUGAUGGAAACGCCGGUGGAGGAGUUGGCGGAAUUGCGGAAAAGAUCGGAUCUUGCCUCAGGAAGUCGAGGAUUGGACUAGGGCUAGGGUUCGGGGGGUUUGCCCCCAAACUCCCUCCGCCUCCUUCCCCUGAGGAGAAGGAUAACGCAGCCUCAAUACGGUGGAGAAAGGGAGAACUCAUCGGCUGCGGUGCUUUCGGGCAUGUCUAUAUGGGUAUGAAUCUCGAUUCCGGAGAGUUGCUUGCCGUGAAGCAGGUUUUGAUUGGGAAGAACGGUGCUUCCAAAGAAAAAGCGCAGGCUCAUAUAAGGGAACUUGAGGAAGAAGUAAAGCUUCUGAAGAACCUUUCCCAUCCAAAUAUCGUUCGAUAUUUGGGAACAACCAGAGAGGAUGACACUUUAAAUAUUUUUCUAGAGUUUGUCCCAGGCGGAUCCAUUUCAUCUUUACUCGGGAAGUUUGGAUCUUUUCCGGAGGCUGUUAUAAGGAUGUAUACCAAGCAACUAUUGCAGGGGCUUGAGUACCUUCAUAGAAAUGGAAUCAUGCACAGGGACAUAAAGGGGGCUAACAUUCUAGUGGAUAAUAAGGGUUGCAUCAAGCUGGCCGAUUUUGGUGCAUCUAAACAAGUUGCAAAGCUGGCUACUAUGAAUGCAGCCAAGUCAAUGAAGGGAACUCCAUACUGGAUGGCGCCAGAAGUAAUUCUUCAAACUGGACAUAGCUUUUCAGCUGAUAUAUGGAGUGUUGGUUGCACCAUUAUAGAGAUGGCUACAGGCAAGCCUCCUUGGAGUCAGCAAUAUCAGGAGGUUGCUGCUCUUUUUCACAUUGGGACAACAAAAUCUCAUCCUCCUAUACCUGAACAUCUUUCUUCAGAUUCAAAAGAUUUUCUCUUGAAAUGCUUACAGAAGGAACCAAAUUUAAGAUCUACUGCAUCUGAUUUACUCCAGCAUCCAUUUGUUACCAAUGAAUUCCAAGAUCUGCAUCCAACACACCACUUAGAAGUUGCGGAACCUUCUAAAGAUGUAGCCCUUGCAUCCAAGUUUUACACAAAAAUCAUCAAUAGUGAUGAUGGCAGAGUAGACAACGAUGAAAGUAAUUCUGGAAACUUUCCUAAUGUCAGGCCUAUAUGGGAAUUAAGUAACAAUAGCUCUAUGUGCCGGCUGGAUGACACACAUGAUUUUCCAAAUGUUGGAUCAAGUUUCAACCCAAUGUCUGAGCCCCUUGAUGAGUGGCCGCGACACAAGUUUGACAUGGCACCUGAACCAAGUAGAGAAAAUUUGGAUGGCUUUCAUAAAUCUGUUAUUGAUGAACAUGAUUUCACUUUCUCCGAGCCAGUGGCAGAUGAUGAUGAAGAAGCUACUGAGUCAAAAAUUAGAGCCUUUCUAGAUGAGAAGGCCCUUGAUCUGAAGAAGCUGCAGACACCACUCUACGAGGAGUUCUACAAUAGUCUGAACAACAAAAAUGGGCCUUGUCCCAAGAAUAAAUGUGAGGAGAACAUAACGAAAAUUCAAGUCUUACCGCCUAAGAUCAAGAUGUCACCCAACAAGGUAGCAAAUAGGACAGCUCCUCUGCCAGCUGACAUGGCAAAUAAGGUCAGUCCCGGAAAUUGCAGCCGGCGAGAAUCAAGGAGUGAUGAAGAAGAUGAUCGCGUUCUGAGAGAGAUUUCACCCCAACUAAAUGAAUGGGAAGGACUUUUUCAAGAUGCUAAACAGGAAUCAAUGUUCCUGAGUUUUUCAGAAAGGCAGAGAAAGUGGAAAGAAGAACUGGAUCAAGAACUUGCUAGGGAAAGAGAGAUGUUCAGGCAAGCAGCCACACAAGGGAAGACAUCUUCCCCAACGGAUGGAUGGUUUGCUCGAAAGAAAGAUCGAAAUCGCUCUACCUCUUCAGGCAAAUGAAAGCUCAUAAUUCGUCCAAGCAUGAUUCAGUUUUGAAUUCAAAUCUAGAAACUGAUACAUGUUUAGGCAGUUGCUGAUCUUCCUCGCUUGAAAUACCAAAUUAUCGGCAAGAAAAGAAAGAGCUCACGAGGUGAGACUAUACUCUUAUAUAUGGUCUGGUCAGAUUUACGAUUCAUUGGAGCCUUUGUCGUGGGUGUGUAGGCUACGAGUAGAAGGCUUUGCUCAAUGUAAAAUCUUUAGGUUUUUGGUAGGCACAUUGCACGGGCUUGUUGCUGUCGAAUUUAGGAGUCAGAGUUCAAAAUGAUUUUCUAGAAUUUUAUCUUUUAUUUUUCAGUGUUUGAUACAAUGUAAAAUAAAGCCAAAAGCUUGAAAAAUACUCCAUUUACAUUCAUGUAGAGUCCUAAUUGACAUACAAUUGUCGUGUAUCAAUUUAGUUCAAACAGUUCAGAGCUAUAUAUCAUUAUUGAUUGGUCAA